AUGGAUCAUACUCCUCAUCCACGAGAUUGUCGACUCCCUCGUGCUCAUUUAAAAUCACGUCAUCAACGACCUCCUCCAGCCGUAGUCACUAAUACGGUCGAAUUACAGACACUCGUGGCUUUUUCAGCCCUUGAACAACGGACGGUUGCUCUGUCUCAGGAUGAAAUCCAAGUCUGUUCUCGGCUGGUGGAACUUCUAUUGACUGAUACUUUACAGGCCUAUGAUCAAAUGGAUCGUCAAGUUUUAUCGCACCACUGGAAAUUGCUCAAGAAAAACGAUCAUUUGACAAUUUACAAGCAACGGAAGGAAUUUGUACUCGAAAAGGCUCGAAAACUUGCUCCAAAGGGUCAUUGUCACUCAAAUGAGACGGAGCUACCACUGCUUCUUGUAACAGGUCACUUGGCUGGUCAUGUUAAUGAUGCCAUGUACGGCUUAGUCAGUGCUAAUACACGGACGAUGAGAAUGAACGCUGCUUAUGCUGGAGACCCAUUGGAAGACGCUAAAGUAUUGACAACAAUUGAAGGUCCGACCAUUGAAGAACCUUUUCGUUUUCUUGGACUUAAAUGGGCUGUGCGCCAUGAUGUUAUUUCUGCCUCGUCCUUUGUCAAACGACGAGAUUUAUUGUACUUGGAGGCUACAGGAGUUACCAAGACGGCCAAUGGAGAGAGAAUCGGUUACCGUGUCAUGCACUCGGUGAAUAUCAAGGCUUUGGCUGACUUAGCUGCAACGACUAUUUCCUCUCCGGUCAUUCGUGCAAGAACAUCCAUCGUGCAGUUAUUCCAUCAACAGCCGUCUUUGGAAGGCUCUAGAGGCCUUUCAAGCACGUUAAACGUGUUUACGAGGGGAUACUACGACCCUCAGGGUGGAAUGAUGCACUUUUUAGCAGUCAGUGCAGGUACGGAGCUCCUGCUGCAUAUGACAUUCUCUGUCGUGGACUGUGCACAUCUCAAGAAGAUUGCAUAUGCGGUCCAACGAGCUAGACGGAAACAGAGCGCGGCGAGUCAGCUGCACAAGACAAACUAUGGUGACGAAGGUAUGGGAUGGAUUGAAGAGAUUGGCGAUGAAGAUGUUAUUCGUAUGGAUAACAAAGCUUGCUUGACGAAUUGCUCGCUGUGUGAUCGGCGAUUCGGUAGUUUGUUAAACCGAAGUGGUGUAUCGUGCACUAUUUGUGCUAAGAUGGUCUGUUGGCGCUGCAGUGUUGUCAAGAAGUUGCGCUUCUAUGUAAGAGAUGACAGCAGCAUGCCAGUGGACAAUGGUGUGGAUUUGGGUGAGAUUAUGGGUAUGCAGCACUUUGAGCAGCCCGAGACGUCCCGAGCUUCUACAGAGAGAAGUAGCAGCGACAGUGGUGGUUCCGUCGUUAUGAACGACAUCCGCCGGAAGGCUCUCAAGUUCUGUUUGCCUUGUGUGUUACGUGCCAACCAUAGGAAUGCGUCACAGAUUGUGGUGGAGGAGAUUCUAGAGCAGACGACUUUUGGACUCGUCAGUCCCAGCCGUGCGACGGACUGCCCCAGUAACCAUUCUCGCCCGUCAUCAAUUCGGCGGCGAUCAACUCAGACUGGACAAUUACACAACUUACCACCGUCCUCGCAUGGGUUAAACCAGUUUUCUCAUUACGCGGCAUCUCCUUAUUAUCAGCCGCGUCAGAAAGCUUACAGCAGUGUCGCAUGCGUUCAACAUGGACUAUUUCGCUCAACCUCAGCUUCCCCUCGUGCUUCGCCUCGUGUCAUGCUGUAUGUUGAAGAUCCAACAAUGACGCGCCCCAUUGUUUAA